CAGGGCCUUUUUCAUAGACCCGUCAGCAUUGUUUCUGUUUCUUCUUUCUCUCUCAACAGAAGGAGACGUCUGAUGGAGAAAGUAAGUGGUCAGAGAGACUUGGAACUUCCUCUUCUGUUCGACAUUUUUGUGGUUUUUUGACCGAAUCCCAGUGCAUGUGGACGGAGGAGAAACGCCAACAAAGUCACAGCGGCUGGUGUGACGGGAAACCAUUCGCUUUUUUGUUUACAUUACAACUUCCAUCAUUAUAUUUCACCUGGACAUUUUGCUUUGAAAACUAAAUUUGUAGAAAUACUAAAUGCAGAUAAUAUAUCUUUGAAGGGCCAAGACGUGUCAUCAAAAUGAAAGAUGAGUUUGUUGAUGACGAUGAUGUUCAGUCAUUUGGAUACAAGAGGUUUGGUAUUCAGGAGGCCAGUCAGUGUAGUAAAUGUAAGAGCAGAUGGGUUCUGAAGAGCGCUGUUAUUCUGCUGUACGUGUUGUGUUUGCUGCUCAUCAUCGCUGUAGCUGUGCUGGGUUACAAAGUGGUCCAGAAGGUGGAUGAUGUCACUGAAGGAAUGAAAAGAUAUGGAGGGAAGAUCAUUUCAGUGGAGGCAGAUUUAAAAAAUCUCAAUGAUGAGACAGGUGUGAAGACUGAGAAAACAUCAUCUGACCUUAAGACGUUUCGCUCUGGGUUGUCAGCGUUACGUCACACGCUAGCUGAAGUCACGCAGCACGUCAGCACCAAUGCAGCGGCCCUGCAACAGCUGCAGUCUUCCUCACGAGAUGUGCAUGUGUCACAAGGCCAGCUGCGUUCCCAGCUGAAUGCUCAAACGUCCGUCACAUGCUCUGUGAACACCACGCUAUUCUCAUUCGCAACCUUAACGUCUGCGCUGCAGCAAAACACUUCACACCUGCAGCACGAAGUGCAAGAAAACGUCAAUGCACAACGCACGUUGCAGUUCUUGAUAGACCGCAUCAAUCUCAUUCACACACGACAGGACAGAGUUACAUCAGCGCUGCAGCGAACGCUGGAGACGGCUGGCCAAAGCACGCAGAAGGUACGCGUAGAUGCGCAGUCGCUGAUACGUGACACGCAACUGGUCCGAAGCGACGCAGACUGGCUACGGGAGAAGAUUAAAAGUCUGAAGAAAGCAGAAGGCAACGCUUCAGCACAGAUUCAGAGCUCCAGCGAUGGACUUGAGGCGUUGAACGCUCAACUGACAACCAUAUCCACACAGAUUCUGAAUAUCAGCACGCUCAGUGAUGUCAACGCGGCGAACCUGCAUGCGUUACUGGACCAGCAGCUUGACUUUGGGAACCAAACAAGCGCACGCAUCGACAAGCUAGAACAGAGACUGGACGUGGUGGAUGAAGAAGUGGACAAGGUGACGGGGAACAUCAGCUACUCAACACAGCUGCUCGGGGGGGUCAACAGGAAGCUGAGCGAAUUGAAGGGUUGCUCAGACACUCUCGGACGACAUUCUGAUCUUCUGGUGGGUUUGAAUGUGAGCCUGGUCGAAGCGAGGACAGAUGUCUCCACACUGAGGUCGAAACAAGAUGACCUCUCCGCUCGACUUGACACGGAGGUCACCAGCCUGUCAAUCAUUACAGAAGAAAUGAAACUGAUUGACAGCAAACACUCUCAGCUUAUCAAAAACUUUACAGUGUUACAGGGUCCUCCAGGUCCAAGGGGUCCAAGUGGUGAAAAAGGAUCAUCGGGAGAUGCGGGUCCUCACGGCUCAAAGGGUGAGAGGGGUGAUACAGGUGAGACGGGUGUAAAUGGACCUCGAGGAGAGAAGGGAGCAGAUGGAUCUCCUGGAUUCCCAGGAUUUAAAGGUCUGACGGGACCUCGCGGAAGCUCCGGGCCAAAAGGUCCGCGAGGGUCCGGAGGCCGUGCAGGACCCCCAGGAACCAAGGGAGAGCAAGGCUCGCCGGGGCUGCCAGGUAGAGACGGUCAACAGGGGCCUCCUGGUCUUCAGGGACCAGAAGGAAUUCGUGGACCAGUGGGAGAGCCUGGAUCCAUGGGCCGGCCUGGGCUGAUGGGACCAGCAGGACCACCAGGGUUACCAGGACUCCCGGGCAAAAUGUUACCAGUCCCGUUACCACCGCUUCAGCAGAGACAGACCACUGAGGUUUAUUCUCAGGCAGAUUCGUCUGGUUGUCCUCCCGGUUGGUUGGGGUUCAGAUACAGCUGCUAUUUCUUCUACGUUGAGCCGCUCAGCUUUGACAACGCUCAGAAAUUUUGCAGCAAUAUGUCUUCCUCUAUGGUCAUAAUUGGUGAUGUUGAGGAACAGCGAUGGCUGCACUUGCACACUGUGGGUCGAGGAUAUUUUUGGGUGGGACUUACAGACAGACAGGAGGAGAACGUUUGGAGAUGGGUGGAUGGAUCCGUGCCUGUCUUCACUAACUGGAGGUCCGGUCAGCCUGAUAACUGGGGUCAUGGACAUGAGGAGGGUGAAGACUGUGCUGGAAUGAUUCACGGCGCUCUGUGGAAUGAUUUUUACUGCGAUGAUUUGCACAGCCUCAUCUGUGAGACGACAAAAGACGAACCCGUGUGAAAACUUGCGGAUGUUGCAGCAUUAAAUACACAGAUGUAAUGAUGGACAGACCCCGAGUACAACGGUCACGCCCGUCUGAUCAUGUGUGAGAGAGAGAGGUUACAAACUCUGAAGAACAAGACUUCUGUCACCGUCAUGUCACCCUCGACUGCUGUGACUGUUUCUUUUAUUGAAAAGUGAUGUUGCUCUUUCAUCUCAGUUGUGUUUCAUUUACGCAUCAACUUAGCCUCAGAUGUUUCUCCAAGAAGAGUUUAAUGGUAACCUAGUGUAUAGAGACAUGUUUGGCUUAAUACGUUGUAAUAACCUUAUACUACUAGCUUUUCAUUAGAAACACGUCAAAUAUGUUCAAUUCUUUAAAAAAAACUAAAUGCAAUACUCAUUUAACCUGAGGAGACUCUUUUUCGAUGACGUAAAAUGGUUGCACGCACAGCUCAAUAGCACACCCAAACUAAACACAGACACAAUAAUCAGUUCUUCAGUAAAUAUAAGGUGCUGUAUGAUAAAUAUUAUAUAUAUAAAAAAAGAAAUUAAUGAUGCUAUUUGGUGUAUUUUCCUACAUUUUAAUAUUGUUGGUCAGAAACAAUACAAACAUACAUAUUAAAGGGGUCAUUUGACGUGGCUAAAACAAAUAUUAUUGUGUGCUUUUGAUGUAAUACAAUGUCUAUACAGGAUUUAAGGUUAAAAAACGCAUUAUUUUCCACAUACUAUGCAUGUUUUUAUCUCCUCCUUGCUCCUCGUGGCUCUGAAAAGCGAGGUGUGCUGUGAUUGGCCAGUUCACUAUUGCGUAGUGAUUUGUCGAAUACUGCACGGAAAUGUAACGCCUCCAUAUUUUGAACAUCAGGUUCCUCUUCAAUUGUACUGACAGGUACACCACCUUACUUGUGUAUACAUUUGGACGGUCUUAGUCAAAUCGUGGUGUUACAAACCGACGUAGAUUCACUGGGGUGUGAUUACACGAGGCCUUCAGGCAGGUCGAAUUUAUUAUAUACACAAUGUUUUUAAUCAAUAUAAAAUGCAUUUUAUCCAGAUUUUUACUUUUUUACGCUGAUUUAUCAACAUCUGUAGCCUAACAUUAUUGUCUUAUCUCACUCCGUCAUUAGCAUUAACAUUCACGUGUGCUCUAAUACAGAAUUACCAAUCCGCAAGCAUCUUAUUAUUAUGUUGAUCAGUAUAUUCUCAAAAUGUAUAAAGUAUGUGGUCGAUUAUGGUGGAUAAGAAUAACUUUAUGAAUACUGUGACAGUUACACAAAGUCAAUGGCAUUGUUAAUAUAUUAAGCCACACAUCUCUCUAUACCCAAGGUUCCUUUUGAAACAAUAAUACAAAGAGAAUCAAAUGAGAGUAUAAUUGUUGAAACACAUGCAGAGAAUGGAGGUGUAAAUGAAUGAAGAUCGUUGAGGUAAAGUAAUCUGGAUUUGAAUACAUGUGAUGAGAAACCUUUGAGUUAAUAUUGAGAUCUUUAUUGGGUCUCGUUAACUAACAAUUGCGUAGAAUUUUCAUAUUUAAACGGACAUUUGAACUUUUCACAAAAACUCUCCACACAUAAAUCUGCUCAUGACCUCGUCCUAAUGUUAUUGAAUUUGUAGUAUUCAUUUAAGCAACAUUUAAAGCUUGAGGUUAAGGCAGUUCUGGAAAAUAAUGGCGACCACACAAAAUAUUGACACUUUGGGCCCAAUUUGGACAUUUUCACUUAAGUUACUGAGUUUUAUUGCCAGUGCUUGAGACAUUAUUGGCUGUGUGUUGAGUUAUUUUGAGGGGACAGUAAAUUUACACUGUUAUACAAGAUGUUCAGUCACUACUUUACGUUGUAGCAAAGUGUAGUUUCUUCAGUGUUGUCGAACGAAAGGAUAUUAUAAAAUAUUUUGAAAAAUGUGAGGCCAAUGAGUUCUGAUAGUCAUACUUGACGAAUCUGAGCUCCGUUUGAUACAUUAUUAAGAUCUCUUUUCUUUUUCUCAGGAGAAAUAUCUGAGACACAUGUGAGACUUAAGCAAGUUUCCAUUUGAAUUUCUCUUUUUAAUCUCAUUGACCUUUAGGAGAAAUAUUGAGAUCUUACUUGUGUCUCACUUUCUUUCCUAUCCUUUUUUUUCUUAUCUUACAUCAUAUGAUGCUUCGUGUGAAUGUAAUUGUUUUCUUGAUAAUGACAUUUCCCAGGUUUCGGUUUAGUAAAGUCGCUCAACUAAGUGAAACAUUCAGUUCAAACUAAUGUUUGAUUGAUGAACUGGAUGUUGUAGCUUCUCACGUAAAUUAGAAAUUUUCUUAAAUAUGAUUUCAGAAGAUUUUGAACAUGUGUCCAGGGUCAUCAUCAACAUUUGCUGCUCAGUCCUUGAGAAGAAACAAAGUCACACAGUUUAGGAAUGACAUAGGAGUGAGUAAACAAUAUUGACAUCUUUUUUUGGGUUGAAAUAUUUCUGUAUGACCACUACUAUAGGUUUGAAGAGAACAAAACUAUAUGUUAAAGCUUCGUGAAGCUGCUAUUCCAUAAUCUAAGCAAAUACACCUUCUGAAUGACUUAACCAGAUAAAUAAACCAAAGACAUUUAAACCUUUCAAUAGCUCCGUAUACAGGGAAAAUAAAGCUAGCUAAAAAUUAUAGUUUUCUAUUUUUGUAUUUUAAUGGUUCUUAUUUUGAUACGAUUGUAGUCAAUGUGUUUUUUUAUUGUAUGAAUUAAGCUGGGUGUUCUUGUUUUGUAUCAGAAACACACAAAAAAUAAAUCUGAGUUUUAGCCACACUA